UCUCGGCGUCUGCGCUUUGCUUUGCCUUCUCCGCAGGGAAUUAUUAUUGUUGUUGCAGUUCAAUUGCAGCAUUCGGUGAAAGUGGAAGUGCAUCUCAUUUAAAUAACAAUACCAUCUCAUUCACACUCAUCAAGAUUCACCCGUUAAACGCUACAAAAAACACAGUAAACAAAUUGAUAUUGCUUUGUCUUGUCCAUGUCUGCGUGUGCGAUUGUUCGUAAUAUAUACAAAAAGUAAAUAAAAAAAGUGCUCGUGGCCCAAAUCAAUGGCGCUGCUUUGAACGCCAGCAACUACUAUCAGUACCAAGUGGUGGAGAAGGAGCACGGAGGGCCGGCCAUCGUAAACAUAUUGCUCCAGGAUCGGGACAUAAUGCGCACCUGGGGCACCAACCUGACUGCCAUUACAUGGGCCCACGCGGUCAACAGCCAACAGCUGCUGGACGAGGCUCUAACAGGUGACAUUGACUUUAUUGAGGCGGACAUUGUUCUUGGCAAGCUGAAUGGCGAGGGCGAGGACAUGCCCGUAAUGGCCCAUCCGCCGGCCAUUAUCUCCGAUCUUACCCUGGCGGAGUUCCUCUACCAGAUAAUGGACUUUAACCGGGAUCACGAGGGGCAGGAGAAGGGCGUCAAGCUGGACUUCAAGUCCAUCGAGGUGUUCGAAGGCUCCCUUGAUAUUCUGGACGAAAAUAUUCCCAAUAUGACUUACCCCAUUUGGAUAAACGCUGACAUCUUGAGUGGUCCUGUGGAGCAAAACAAAAGCGUGCCCGUCGAUCCAGAUCGAUUCUUUGCCGGUUGCAUGCGCUACAAGCAGGCUGUUCUCUCCAUAGGCUGGACAACCAAUUGGGGCGCCGAUUUCCGGGAUGGCGAGUACACAGAGGAGCAGUGCGAGGGCAUGCUGGAAACAUUGAGCGCCAACAAUGUGCUCUCCACCGGGCAAAGCAUCACCUUUCCUGUGCGAGCCGGCAUUGCGGCGAAUAGCGAGGAGCAACUACACCAAUUGGUGGCCGCCGUCAACGAGACCAAUGAGAGCAGCCUAACCAUUUGGUCAUCCGCCGGCGACUACGUGGAUGUGGCCAAGCUGCGUAAGCUAAUCUUCGGCUUUGGUGUGGAACGGGUUUACCUGGACGUGCCUGAGGAACUGGCCUCGCAGCUGGAUCUGGGGAACCCUGGCAACGGAGCCAGCACCUUGAAGUCCCUCUUUAGCUUCGGUUUCAUAAGCCUCUGCUUUUGGGCCGUGUCCAGCUGGCUGCAGCGGCUAUAAUCGACUUUGAUAGGUUAUUAACUAAAGAGUACAAUUGUCGAAAGGAAUUAACUAAUUAAUUAACUUUUCCCCAAGAAUGUGUGUGGAUGUAAUAAAAGCUUAACUUUAGUGAA